AUGUACGACAUCGUGCCAACCAAGAAAUCCACAAACCACAUUUCCAUAAUGACUGCUGAGAACGAACUAAAAUCUUCUCUUCAAGAAUUGAAGGCUCGGAAUCGCAUUUUUGGUGAACCACUAUCCUUAGACGAGCUGCUCGAGCCGGCUGAGGAAAAACAAAUCGGGGAUUCCCUUGGGUUCGACUUGAAUGGUGGGGACAUGGCCAUUGUUGUUGCAGUCAGUCGAGAGAUCGCUAAGAAACAGGGUGAGGUGAUUGAAGCUGAUUCUGAUGAUGACUCAGAAGAAAAUCAUGAUGCAGCCCCAGAGGUUUCCCGUGUAGAAGCACUAGCGUUAUGUCAGCGGCUCGAAGGAGCAUGCCUUCAGCAAUGAGCAUGGACAUUCUCAGGACUCAACACACACACUUGAUUUGUUAAAGCAAAUCCGUC